CCAGGAUGCCGUUUGGCUGCAUCGGACUGCGGGAUGAAAAGAAUUACAACAGCCUUUCUGACAUCACCGACAAGUAUGAGAUUGGACAGCUGCUACGAGCGAAGGAAUUCUGUGAGAUCUGUGUGGCCCGCGAACGACAAACAGAGAGGCUGUACAUCUGCAAGAAAUUUCUCAAGAAAGAUGGGCGCAAAGUGCGAAGAGCAGCCAAGAAUGAAAUCUUCAUCCUAAAAAUGGUGAAUCACCCCAAUAUCUUACAACUGAUUGACACAUUUGAAACGAGGAAGGAAUUCUACAUUAUCCAAGAAUUGGCUACUGGCGGCGAUGUUUUUGACUGGAUUCUAGACCAGGGCUACUACACAGAAAAGGAUGCCAGCAACGUUGUGCGGCAAGUGCUGGAGGCAUUAGCUUAUUUACAUAAUCUGCACAUUGUUCACCGCAAUCUAAAGCUGGAGAAUCUUAUGUACUACAACCAGAAUAACCGCUCAAAAGUGGUUCUGCGGGAUUUUUAUCUCUCACGCUUUGAGAAUGGUGCCAUCACAGAACCAUGUGGGACUCCUGAAUAUUUAGCUCCUGAAGUGGUUGCUCGGCAACGCUACGGACGUCCUGUUGACUGCUGGGCUGUUGGAGUUAUCAUGUUUAUUCUAUUGUCUGGGAACCCCCCGUUCUAUGAUGACACAGAUGAUGAAAAUACUGACAGUCACAAUCGCCGCAUCUUCCGCAAAAUUCUGGCUGGGGAGUAUGAAUUUGACUCUCCAUAUUGGGAUGAUAUCUCCGUCGCUGCUAAAAAGUUGGUGUCAAGACUAAUGGAAGUAGAUCAGGACCAACGAAUCACAGCCCAGGAAGCCUUGGGACAUAUCUGGAUAUCUGGAAACAUUGCUUCCGAAAAGAACCUCAAAGAAGGGGUCUGUGCACAGAUUGAGAAAAAUUUUGCCAAGGCCAAAUGGAGGAAAGCCAUUCGAGUCACUACAUUCAUGCAACGUCUCCGGGCCACAGAUGUCAGUGGCCGCCUCCCUGUUACUCCUCGUACCUCCAUGAGUGUGGCUCACGAGGUCACCAUUGAAGCUCCCAGACUGGCUGAACAUUUGGAGACUCCAUGUUCACUAGAGGAGCAACCGAGCAAGAAAGAAGUAGCUGCUGAGCAGAGAGAAUAA